UCGCGCUAAUACUAAAUUAUUAUUAGGUAUUAUUAUUAGUAUUAUUAGGUUCUGUCCAAUACUAAACGAUUUUAUUUAUAAACAAUUAAAAUGCAACACAAAAAUGUUGAUUCUAUGGAGUUUAAAUUACAAUUGAUUGAGUUUGUUCGGGAGCACAGGUGCCUCUUCGAUAUUAACGACCCCAGUUAUAAGGACAUUUAUUUGAAAGAGAAAUUGUGGUCGUCUAUAGCAAAGGAAUUAAAUGAUAAAACCAAUACUGUGAAACGCAAGUGGAAAGCUUUAAGGGACGGUUACACCAAAUAUAAAAAGCUAUUAAGAUCAGCACAUGGAAAAUCCAUCAAGUAUUCAUGGAGUUCACAUCUAUCUUUCCUUGAUUGCAAUGCAGACAAUCAAGAUGAUUCUUUGAACUCUUGUAUGGUUGUUGAAGACCCUUCUAGUAUUUCCGAUACACCAGAAUUUAUACGAACUUUCACAAUUUCACCUAACAUGUUAGAAGAUAUACCUGAAAUAAUUGAUGACUCAAAUUCAGAUACUGAACCUGCACAAGGUGAAUAUGAUAAUCCUUCUAAAAAACAAAAAAUUGAGGAACAAUUUGAAGUAUUAGGACCUGUUCAGAAUGCGGAUGCCAUGCAAAAUACAAAUGACAGCGUGGAUUAUUUAUUUUUAAGUUAUGCUCAAGCAUUUAAAAACUUUUCUCUUAAGAAGCAGGCAAUUCUUAAAGUUGAUAUAGCAUCUUUGUUUUCCGAAGCAGAGUUAUGCGAAUUAAGUAGAAAAACAGAUAAAACUUGACCAAGGAGUAAAAUAUUGAAUUGUAAAGGAAAUGUGAUAAAAUUGUGGCUAUUAUGUUAAUUUGGUAUCGAAUUAUUUAAUACUUUGGCAAUGCACAUAGGGAUGCUUUAAGUUGUUGUUAAAUAUGUGAACUAUAUGCUUAGUUUAUUUAUUAAAGAUUUUCUCCAUAUAAAUGUAUAAAUAUUAAGCAUGUGACUAAUUAAACAU